AUGGCGGAGACCCUACACAUCCCUGAUGUGGAUGCAGCCUGGCUUGCGCCGCAUCUGCCGUCAAAAUCUGCUCUCCAAUUAGCCAAAACCCAAGACCGCCCGGUCGUUACCCUUACUUUUGCAACUUCGCUAGACUCCUCCCUUUCCCUCGCUCCAGGCGUGCGAACGCGUCUUUCAGGCCCUGAAUCAAAGGCCAUGACCCACCAUCUGCGUCGUCACCAUGCCGCUAUUUUGGUUGGUGCUGGAACUGUCAUCGCCGAUGAUCCGGGCCUGAACUGUCGUAUGGAUGGUGCAGACCUUGGUGCCCAACCCCGGCCUAUUGUCCUGGAUCCCCGAGGCCGUUGGGACUUCACUGAACACAACAAAGUGUUUGAAAUCGCUCGGGCGGGCAAGGGGCUGGCCCCGUUCGUACUCGUUGGGCCAGCGGCUAUUAACGCAGAAAGGCAGGCUGUCUUGGAAGCCCACGGCGGAAAGUUCAUCGUCCUCGACACCCGAGAAUCAGAACCGAAAUUUAACUGGAAUUCCAUCAUGUCAGUCAUCCAAGCCGAGGGUCUGCACAGUGUUAUGAUCGAAGGCGGAGGACACGUUAUCAAUUCUCUCCUUGAUCCCAAUUACCAGAAGCUUGUGGACACUGUCAUUGUGACUGUUGCCCCUACUUGGCUUGGAUCUGGUGGUGUUGUCGUGUCCCCCAACCGAGUUGAACGCGAAGAUGGCACACCUGUACCUGCCGCUAGACUGGCUAACCCAGCCUGGCAUCAAUUCGGCGAAGAUAUAGUUCUUUGUGGACAGUUGCAUCAUGAGGCUUAA